GCAAGGUCAUCCGCUACGUGAGAUCUCAUAAACUGAUACUUGAACAGUGGGAGGAUGGUAUCUGGCAUACCCGGCACAGGACGCAUAAUUUGCGUGCUUUUCUGCAUCUGCCUGAAUUGCUCAAUUUGCCAUGGGCUAAAUUGUGUGAAGUUCAUUAACGCGUUGGCUCAACAGGUCACGGUGGACUACCCGAAGGACAAUUAUGCGCUAACGUGUUUCGGCAACAAAUGCCUGUUGCAUGUCUACCUGGAACGAACAUUCAAGGAAGCGAAGAACAUGUGCAAACAAAUGACCGGCCAUCUGUGGGUCCCUCCAGCGAACGAGACGUUCCCAUAUGAUCGGUGGGUGGGAAUAAAAGGAGUCCCAGUGGAUCGAAGCACACUGGAAAUGGCGUGGAUCACGGAUGACAUGUGUGUCCCGGAAAAAUUCAACUGGGACGAGAUGGAACCCGAGUUACACGCUCGUGCGCAAUGCGUGGUGUCGAAGACCGCAGCAAACGGACGUUGGGUGACGAAAAACUGCGCGAGAAAAUUUUUCUUCACUUGUGUAUUUGAAUUUCCAUGAUAAAUUGACAAAAGA